AUGGAUGCCCAUAAUGCUGUCAUCCUCGAAGCCGGCAAAUUCCACCCAACCGCCAUUUCAGAAGAAACUAAAGCGUUCAAUGAAAAACUAAUGAAUAUCAUGGCACACGGGCCCAAAUGGUAUGAGGUCGGCGCUAAACGCUACCGCGAAAUGCGCGCUGCUGGAGAAACACCCCUUCCUAAGGCCGUUUAUCUCGACUCCGCUGAGGACGUUACUAUUCCUAGCCGCGACGCUGGACGCACCAUUCCCUGUCGGAUCCUUCGCCCUCAGAACGGAAAGUCCAUCAAAUCGGUAUUUCUCCACAUCCACGGCGGCGGCUGGGUUCUUCAAGAUGAAAAAUCCCAGGAUCCUGCCUUGCAGGAAAUUGCGGACACCACGGGCGUUUUAUGUAUAUCUGUAGGGUAUCGUCUCGCGCCCGAGGAUCCAUACCCGGCAGGACCACACGACUGCUUCGAUGCCGCAGAAUGGUUGAUUGACAACGCCGAGUCCCAUUUCGGUGUGCCUUUAGGUUUUGUGGGAGGAGAAUCGGCCGGAGGGCAUUUGAGCAUGCUCGUGACACUUCAUCUGUUGCAGCACCACCACCCAACCUACUCGGAUUUCCGCUUCAAGGGCCUCCUGUUACACUUCGGGUGUUACUCGAUGAUAUGGACCCCGCAAGUGUACAACUUUCAACGACCCGAGAUAUUGGUCCUGGACCGGGAUCUGAUGGACCACUACAUCGACGUCUUCCUCCCCGGCAAGACCCACGAGGAGAAGAGGCAUCCGUCAAUAUCCCCGCUGUACGCCGAUUUGGAGCCGCUGAGGGCGAAAUUACCGCCCGCCCUCUUUACGUGUGGGACCGAGGACUGUCUUCUGGACGAUACCAUGUUCAUGAGCAUGAAGUGGCUUAUGGCCGGUGCCGAGUCGGUGGUUAAGAUCGUGCCCGGGGCGCCGCACGGGUACAUCAUGUUUCCCAAGAGCGCAAUGGGGAGUGGUGCUGAGGAGGGAAUGAAGGCAGUUGAAGAUUUCGUGCUGUCGAAGCUAGCUUAG